AUGAGUGAGUCGAAAGUUGAGGUUGCUGUUGAUGCACAAGAGAAUGCCAAGGGCGCUAAUGUUAGUGGGAGAUCGUGGAAGGUUGUGAAAACACCGUUCAGGACGAAGAGCGAUGCGAUGAAGAAUAAGAAACUGUCCUCUUGGGAAUUGAAGAAACAGAAAAGAUUGGAGGAUCUGCAGUUCAAGAACAAGCUUAAGGCUUUAAAGGACGAGAAGGAGGAACAGCGCAAGGGUCGUAUUCAGGCCAUUCGUGAAAGAAGAGAAAAGAAGGAAGAAAAGGAGAGAUACGAGAGGCUUGCUGAGAAGAUGCAUGCUAAGAAGGUAGAAAGAAUGAGAAGAAGAGAAAAGAGAAAUAAGGCUUUGAAAGAACGUUAA